AGUACCACAAUCACUCCCAACCUGCGUCCGAAGCUUAUAUGGUGCUCGAGCGGAGCGGCAGCGGCUGCGAUGAUAGGCUCGGAAAGAGACGCUGUAUCAGCAACCAAUAGGAAUGCGAAUCAAGAGAUAGCCAAUAGCAGACCGAAGCAGGGCGUGUCCACAGCCAGUCGAACUUCCAACCAAUGGGGAUGCGACACUAACGAGCCGCUCUGUUGCUCAGCUCUGCUAUAAAAGACGAGACCGAGCGCAGUGAUAGUAUCCUUUGGUUGCUUUAGCUUGCAGUAAUUUGAGAUUGUGAGCUGCUUCUCUCUGCCAUGCCUGAGCCGGCCAAGUCCGCUCCCGCGCCCAAGAAGGGCUCCAAGAAAGCGGUGACCAAGACCCAGAAGAAAGGAGACAAGAAACGGCGCAAGAGCCGUAAGGAGAGCUACUCCAUCUACGUGUACAAAGUGCUGAAACAAGUGCACCCCGACACUGGCAUCUCGUCUAAGGCCAUGGGCAUCAUGAACUCCUUCGUCAACGACAUCUUUGAGCGCAUCGCCGGCGAAGCCUCUCGCCUGGCGCACUACAACAAGCGCUCCACCAUCACCUCGCGGGAGAUCCAGACGGCCGUGCGGCUGCUGCUGCCCGGCGAGCUGGCCAAGCACGCUGUGUCUGAGGGCACCAAGGCUGUCACCAAGUACACCAGCUCUAAGUAAGGCGUUUCUGUGCUCUCAGACUUGCUCUACCCAAAGGCUCUUUUA